CUCGUGUCCAUUGGGUGGCCAAGAGAAACAGACGCAAUACCGUUAGAGUAGUCCUCGGGCAAUUACUGCUUGUAUGGUCCUUGCAGCUGAAGAUUGUGUAAGGGUAUACCAAUACUAGGAAUACGGUGCCAGAGGAUCCUACUCCUUGUCAUGACUCUGUGCACAGUAGAUUGAAGGGUCAGACCGUCGGACGCUCAAGUGCCACGAGUAGGACUGCGCAGGGUCACAAGAUGACUUCAGUCUAUUCGCCUCGAAAUUACCAGGUACUUAAGUAUUGAGGACGCUUUCGCUUUGCAUGCUCUCUCUCCAACGAUUCCUGGCCUCCACCGUCCUCUCAUCUCACACAUACCGAUACCAUACGCUUCCGUUGGUCUACCUCCUUCACUAUGCGCUUCGAAUACAGCCUCGUCGGUGCAGCGGUCUCGGGAGUUGCCCUCGGGCAGACCUUGAACAUCCCUACACGAGUCGGAUCGAUUGUGGCUCUCCCGACCGCCAGCGUGAUCUCAGGCUCGAGAGACUUUGGCAACAAGGAGUACGACCGCGGCCGCUCUUGUGCGAUUGACGUAGAACCCCAGGGCCCCACUCCUGUCUUCAUCCUCGAGGACGGCGCAUCAAUCAGCAAUGUCAUCAUCGGCCGAAACCAAGUCGACGGCAUCCAGUGCAAAGGCGCUUGCACCCUGACCAACGUCUGGUUCAGAGAAGUGUGCGAGAGCGCCGUCAUCGCGCUAGGAAAGGGCGAUAUCCUCAUCAAGGGCGGCGGCGCGCAAAAAGCCGCCGACGGCAUCGUAAACCACCAGGGCCGCGGCACAGUCACAAUCGCCGACUUCACUGCCGUCGACGUGAACAAACUGUACCGCAGCUGCGGCGGCUGCGCCAACAACGGCGGCCCGCGCAACGUCGUCGGCUCGUGUGGUGUGGGCGUCAAGAAGGUGUGCCAGGAGUACAAGGGCGUGCAGAAGGGCUCUGAGGCGGUGAAGGUCGCGACUACGGCGAACUGCAAGGGGCAGACGAGCUUCUCGGCGUGCUAG